CCGGCAUUUACUAAAUAUUCCCUUUUAAUCUAACCGCAGUACAACAAAAGCUUACAUCUAUUCAGCAUCUGCCAAUUUGACUUCUGUAUCCUUCACGGGUCCAACAAACGACGUAGAGCUGUAAGGAUGAAGAUUGAAAACAGCCUGCCAUGCUCUCAGCUCCCUGAGGCCCCUCCACAGACUGGGCUACAGUUUACAGUGGCAACAGACGAGGACUUUGAUGACAUCAUGGCUAUGAGCAAGGAUAUCUAUGGUGGCCUGGACUACCUUCCCUCUCGGUAUCAAGCCUGGCUGCAGGAGAGCAACCGCACUGUCAUUUUGGCUCGCAAACAAGGCAAAGUGAUUGCUCUGGAGUCAGUAUGUGUUAUUGAUGAUGGGGAGACCAUGCUGGUGGAAGGGCUUCGUGUUGCCCCACAGGAGAGGGGGAAAGGUGUGGCAGGGGUUCUUCUCCGGUUUUGCUCUCAGCUGGUUAAGUCCAAGUACCCUGAGGUUAAAGUCAGCAGAUUGACCAGAGAUGACCAAUUGGGGCCAAAAGACUUCCAGAAGUACCGGCUUAUCACCAAACAGGGAAUUCUCCUGGUGCGCUUCCGUGCAGAAGACUUAAAAUUACGCCUUGCUGAUCUUGGGCCUAAUAUCAGUAUUGCUGGGGAGGGUUCUUCCCCAACAAAAAUCCCAGUCCGUUUGGAGCCUGCAGAGGUGCAUCAGCUCUUCUUAAGUGAUGUUCUAAUGCAGGAUGUCCUCCCCAAUGCCACCAUCGUUCAAGAUUGGCAACCCUUCAAGCCUCUUCCUAGCAACAUGGCCAUUCUUCUGAAGAAGGACAUUGAUUGGAUGGUUGAUGAUGCCAUGCAUCCAACCAUGGUCAGCCUGUGCACCUUCCCAUUCCGUGUGCCAAUUGGUGAUGACUGGUACUACCUUAACAUCGACAUGUUUGGCAAAGACCUAGUGCUGGCCAUAAAGCAGCUAUUGUGCCACCUAAGGUGCCACACUGGCGCUCUAAAUGGUUAUGUGAUGUGUCAGGUUUUCCUGGAACCAGCACUCUGGAAACCUAUGGCGGAUUUCUUUAGGGUGAUGCUUAAAGUGGAGUUGGUGAAAGAAUACACCGAGCAGUGCGUUGUGGAGUCUGAUGUUGUUUAGUAAAGGGAUGACAGCAAAGUGCAAGGAGCCUCAGAAACCCCUUCCCUUAAAAUUAGACAACAAACUUACAUAAACAGGAGGACCUCCUUCAAAUAUGACACUUAAAAGAAAAUUAAUACAUCCAUAAAAAACAUCUAAAAUAUCUACUCAAAUGGGACAUUAUUCUGCUUGAUAAUAGAACUUUCGUGUAGAAUUUAAUUUAACUUAAUUUAACAAAUUAAUUAAUUAAAAAGACAUAUAUUUAAUGGAAAAACAAACAAACCACAAAAUAGAAGCUUGUUUAGGGAACCUAAUUUAUUUCCAUAUGCAGCACUGUGAACAGCGGCACUGACAGUUGGGACAAUUAGAGACAUCGUCAUGUGCUCUGGACAAAACAGGAGCAGUAGCAGAUUAAAUAAAAAUGGGGACCCAAAUGAUAAGGUUUGUCCUAGGUUCUCCCAUUUCUGUUGGUGUCAUUGGCAGUGAAUGCAUAUUUUCUCAUACUGAGUUGCGAAGAAAACUGCACAAUCUUUAGGGCACUUUAUGAUCAAAAAUGUGAUCUCACUUUAGUGUCUGUUGCUCUUUCAGGAAUUUGGCACUGUAGCUGCUAAUACUUAGAGGAAAAAAUAUUUAUGUUUAAUUGGAGACUUCACAGGCUACCCAUAUACAGAUCUAAAUUGCCAAUCUCAGUACAGUUUUAUUAAGACUUUUUUUUAAUUUUUUUUAUUAAACUUAAUUGAAAUGACUAAGAUUGACUCAUUGUGAAAGUAAUCUCAGUUUAAGCAGUUUUGCUAUAUUAAUUUUUUUAAUGCUCUUUAAAUAAAAAAUUAUGUAACUAAGUUUUAAAUAAUGUUUCCUCUAAAAGUACUUUUCAGUGCUUAUAACUCAGUGUCUAAAUAUGUCUAGCUGAGAACUUUGCUUGCAGUCUAAUUUUAUUUUAUUUGUAUUUAUUUUUUAUGUACUUGAACUUAUUUGCUAAAAAUAUGUUGUCAGCAUUUGUAAUUAACUGUAGAUGCAAAGUGCAAUUUCAAGUACACUGGAAUAUUGUUAGUUGUACAUUAAGUUAAUUAAUAAUUAAUUUAAUUAAUAACUAUUAAUGAAAAAGACCAUUUUAUUUGAUUCAAUAUUUAUUUCUAAAUUAAUGAUAAACUGACUGAUACUGUUUGAGUUAUAGGAUGACAUUUGAAAAUGACAUUACAAUACAAAUGACAGUAAAUAUUAUUAGGUGUAUUUAUAGUACAUAUAUAUAUAUAUAUAUAUAUACUGUAUAUAAUACAUGUUUUUAAACAAAAUGUUAUUUUAGUUAAGACAUCACUAUGUAGUCAAUAAUGAUUCUGUUACAUUUUAAGUAUGAUUUAGAAGAAAACCGACUUAAGGAUAUUAAUUUAGGAUCAAUGAUCCAAUGUAAAAACAUAAGAUAAUUCUUUCAUCAAAACCCAUUACCCCUGACAUUUUUAGAAAAGCUUUCAUUUUAAGGACAUUAAGAAAUUAUCCCAAUGAAAUUAACUUUAAAUUUAUUUUGCAAAGAGAGACAACCUCUUUGUCUUCCGUGUACUUGUAAGAUACAUCCAUGGAAUCUGGAAAACCAAACCCUUGUAUUCUGGACAGUUGAAAACCUCAGCUAAACAAGAGGCAACCACUCAUCCCUCUGGAAAAAAAUACAAAUAAAAAUUGUAAGGAUAGUUUAUUUCCCUUUUUAAAGAUGACAGUGACCAGUUAUCCAUUGGAAAAGAAUGGAUGAAGUCACCAAUGCUUCUUUUCAAGAUUCUGACAUACCAUCUUCUCUUGACCAUGUCUUCGUAGAGAAGGAUGGUGAAGAAAAUAUCGCAAUAUUACCAACAGUAUAACCCAGAAAAAGAAGAACAGAAAAAAGCCUUCAAACAUCCCCAGAUCCAAAUUUAGUUAAUUUGCCCCAAAACCAGAUUGCUGCAUGCUCUAUCCCUGAUGUACUAUGCCAGAAUGAGUGUGUGUGUGUGAGAGUGAGAGUGAGUGAGAGUGAGUGAGAGUGAGUGAGAGUGAGUGAGAGUGAGUGAGAGUGAGAGAGAGUGAGAGAGAGUGAGAGAGAGUGAGAGAGAGUGAGAGCGUGAGAGAGCGCGAGUCCACUUUAGCAAAUGCCUUCCCCUAUGUUCCUCCAAUGGUAAAAAUUUUGAAGUUAAAUGAAACAAAAUAUUUUAUCAUCUAAAACAAAUUAUGUUUCUGUUUUAACUUCAUUUGCUGGACUUAGAGCUGUUUUAUGAACUUUGCUGGACUGUUUUUUCAACAUCCACUGACAAAAAGGUGGCCUCCUAUCCUCCUUCAUUUGGACAGCUGCAUCUGGAACUUGUAUUGCGGUCUGUAUUUAUAAAGGGCAAGCAGGCAGCCUUUUUUGAUCCUGGCAAAUGCACAUAUACAUUUAUGUAUGUGUUGUAAGGAACAGGAGAUCAUUGUUAAACUUCUUUCAUGGCUGAAAUCUCAAAAUCUUUAAUGUCUGAUAUGUGCUUUAAGAGAAACAUUUUCAAAAUCUGUUUCAAAAUAUAAGGUCACAAAGCACAAAAAAAAAAAAAAAAAAAAAGGAUUAAUUCUUCAGUUUUCAAUUAAGUAAAUUUAACCUUUAAAGUACACCCUUGGUAGUAACUCAAAAGUGUCUAUUUGCCUUUAACAAAUAGCAAGUGAACUUCAAAUUACAUUAGACGCAAGCUUUUGUCUCUGAUAUGCUAUUUUUGAUUUUCCUUUUUUUUACACCUCUUAAAAGCACACAUCAUAAUUAGACUUGAUGGUUUAGAGUCCCAAAAUGUAUAUGGUUUGCUGGUUUUGUUGUACAUAUUGCAGUGCAUGUACUAGAUUUGAGUGCUUUGUAUUAUGCGGUAGAGGAUUUAAUCACUGUCCUAUAUUUAGUUGUUAAUCUCUUUUUGUCACUUUUUUUUUCUAAAAAAUUAAUGUGAAUGACCUUUGGUAAUCCAGUUAUCAUUGAGGAAUAUUUUUCAUUUCUUUUUUACUUUUACCUUUAAACUCCACCUUCUUUUUUUGCACAUUCAUUGUCUACAGUAAUUGCCUUUUUGGGUAUUUUGUGAAUUGUGUAGGAGGUUGUAACCCUAUAUAUUACACAGGUCCCAAAGCCAGGCUAGGGCCACGAGACCAUAAAAGGUUAGACGAAUGUGACCACCUGAUGGUGUAGAGAUGUAGAAGAUACACUGCCUCCUGUUUCACUGGCAAACAAAGAGUGAACUUUAAACCCAUUUCCUUCAAUUAUGAAGUGGCUUUUCACUUUCUUUUUCUGGAAUGGAAAAAUAAGAUGGGCCAUAGAGGGAGAAGAGAGAUCCAGGGUUAUGCUUGGAAAAAGUGAGGAUGUGAUCCAGAUCAUGUUACCAUUCUAAAAAAAAGAGUACACUCAUUUGUUUUGUGAAGAUGGUAAAGACAUGAGAUUGCUUGACAAUGCAUUAUUUGUGGCAAAAAAGGGAAAUCAUCGUUAGCACAAGAGGUAAUUAGGCCUGGUAGAAAGGGAAAUAUCGGUUUAUAAUCAGCUGUGUAGGUAGACCAAAUAAGAGUGUCCCAUCAUGAACUGUAUAUUUCCUUGAGAGAUAUUUCCUUUUUGUACCAUACUCUCAGUGAUAUUGUAGUUGCACAUUGCCUGGUUUGUUAGACUCAGCGCUGAAGUAAAACCAUGGGUGCUGAGACAUAAGAAAGCCAGUAUAUAUAAACAAGACUUGUUAUCCUGUAUGACUGUGAGCCAGUUAAAGUUUCAGGGUUUUUCUCCAAGUAAUUGAAACUUGAUAUAAGAGUGUUAUCUUGCGUAGAACAAGGGUUCACCCCAGAUUCCAUUAACCUUCUACCUGAUCCCCUUCAGCUUGACACUGUAGAGGGCCACAUGGAAAGAGUGAGCAGGAGAAGUUAAAAUAAGAAGGCUGGGUUCCAGUCUUGUCAUACUAAUGCACUGUCCACUGUUUUGUACCUAUUCCUGAUUUUUAUAUUCUGUUCAUUUGACUAUAUUCGAUGGUUUCCUUUGUUUUUAAUUUUACUGACUGCUUUGUAAUGAUUUGAAGGGCUACAAUAUAUACAGUAUUUGUAUUGAAACUUGGAAGCAGCUAUGUAUUGCAUGUUUGGUGAACGAAAAUGAAGGCAAAACCACCAGGGAGAUUUUCUAUUCCAAGUCAUCUUUCAAACAUUACAAAAGUGAAAACUAAACUGAAAGCCGUAUAUAGGCUACAUGAGUUGAAUUGCUGAUUUGCACUAUCAGAGCUCCAACUCUGCUUCUCCCUUUGUUGUUUUCCUAAGAAAACAAACACUGUGGUUGUACACAGACUCUUCUCAAAUGGCUAAAUCACACAGGUCUUUUCACCUGUGGCGCACUAUGCUAUUUUGUUAAUCUUCUGCCGUAUUUAGGGAGAAAAUGCAAGUGGAUUCCAAUGCAAAGUAUAUAUUAUGUCAUGCCAUGUCAGAAAAAUCUGACUCAGAUUGGAUUGUCUAUAGCAUACUGAAUUUACCAUUCAUCUAGCUAUUCGGAUGUGCUGCACUUUAUACUGUAGAUAUGUAGAUAUUCCUAAGCACACUGGGGGAUCUUCAUUAAAAAAUCUGUGUGGACCUGUACCAGUCAUGGUCAUUCAGUGGAUCGGUAUAUAUAUUUUUUGUAAUGGUUCAUUGAAAAGGAGCAUAGGUCUGUCUGCAUAAUGUUUUUAAAUGUAAGGAUAUUUUUUUUGGUUUGCUCCUGACUUGAUAUUUAUAGUGGUAAUACAGCUCCUACUUAAUGACCAUGGUCUGAAUGAACCACAUGUCUGAAACCAUUUGGUUGGCCUGAUGGACAUAUUAACCACUAUCAGUAAAGUAGGGACUAUGAUUUCUACAGACCUCAAGAAGGUGGUGGUUUGAAUGUCAUCCAUUCUCUUGAUGCAGCAGUGGUUUUUGAGCUUGUUUUCACUCAAGUCUUCCCAUUAUCCCUAGAUACAUACUGGGUGAGGAAUAUUUGAAAAUAACCUAGAAUGGGAAACUAAUGUUCAUGGUGUUUACACCAGAAAAUAUAUUUCUUGAAAACUCAUGGCCAACUGUUAGUCAAGAGGGUGAAUACAUUUUAAUGCUAUUCAAAGGCAUUUUCAUUAUAUGAUAAAUAGUUUUGUUUUUAAGCUUUUUUAUUACCCAAUAUGGCUGCUUAUUAUCAAGCAGUGACGACUAAUGGAAAAGUAUUUUAGUGUUUUGUUAACUUUGUUUCAUUUAUUUAUUUAUUUUCCAGAAAUUGUGAGAUUUGAAGAACUAUUUUAAAUACAGUGAUUUAAAAAAAAGAAAAAAGAAAAAAAAAGUAUAAUCCACGAGAGCUUUUUGAAAUGUGCAUGUUGUGUGAGUGGGUGGAGAAGGGCUUUAGUGGCCAAGUUUACACUGCACACAAUAACCCUGUAAUGAUACAUUGACAUUUAGAACCAACCAAUCAUAUUGGAAUUGGCAGCAAUGAAAGAGUUAAUGGUGUGAGUUUAGACUGGUUGGCUUUUUUUUUUUUUUUAUAUUUUUAUUUAUUUAUUUUUUUGGACUAACACUAGCCAUAUACAUACAUGAUAAACAAUUUUAGAGACUAUAUACUUUGUUAACUGUUUAAAAAGAUUGCAAAAUCUGCAAUGAACUUUUUUCUUUUCACUUUUUGCUUGCAAUGUACUAUUGUUGUAAUUGUGUGCAUCUCUAUAUACCUCUUUUUCUUUACAUACUUAACAAAUAGCUUACCUUCAGCAUCUUAACAUAUAGAAUAUCUUUACAAAUGUUUCCGAAACUAAAAAUGUUCACUUCAAUUCAGCGUUACAGCAGCAGUCUUAUUGUGUGUGUGAACUCUUGACAGAACUUUAACACUUAGCCAACCCGAGUUGCUAUUCUUUAUGUUAGUAUUGUUGUUGUUUUUUAUUUUAUUUUAAUAUUUUUUCUUUUUUUAUAGUAAUCUGAUGACAAGGAUGGAAAAAGAUGACAAAGAUUUACAGGACUAAAGCAAAAAGUUAAAUUGAAUCAUCAUUACAAAUCCUGGCUGGUAAUCUAUUUUUCACAAAUUAUUUGCAGAUUUUUUUCACUGCCUUCACUGCAUGUUAAGUGUUCCAACAAAUUUUAGUAAGAUAUUGUAAAUGAAGGAUCCUGAAGCAGAUCCAUGUGUAAUUAGACAUUUGGCAUGAAGUAACCAUACGUUACUGAAUUAACAGAUAUGCCAAAGGCCAUUAAACUAGGCCAUGUGCACAUAUAUUGUUACAUUAAAAUACACAAAUUAAAUGUGUUUAUUGAAUAUGUACAGGAGACAAUAUGACUGAACAAAGGAUUUAUCUAUGUAAAUAAUUUACAUUAAAAAAGCUUAGUUAACCUAUGAUGUCAGAGCUAUACCUCUGCACUCAUUUGUGAAUCAUAAUUCUAUUUACAAUUUUCCAAAGAUCACGUUUAAUGCAGUAGAAAGCUAGGAGAUAAUCCCCCAUGAAAACACACCUAUGAUGUUUCCAUCUUGCCAUUUAAAAAUGCCCAAACCCAUGAGCUCAGUACACAGGGUCUUUCACAACACAUUACUCAAAUGUUUGAAUUCUAUUUCUAUUCUAUAUGGCUUUCAUUGAGGUCCUUCAUAGGUAUUCGAAGAUUUGAAACUUUAAUCGAACUCUUUGUAUUGCAGUUGUUAUGACUGCAAUAUAUAGUUGUUAUACUGCAAAAAGACAUUGAGGUCUUUCAGAGUUUCUUGGUUAAUGUCAUCCUUUUGUUGUUUUUUUCUGGUAUUACUUUCAUUUAACCUUUGAAAAUACUGUUUGUUUUGUCAAAGUAUUUGUCAUUACCAUUGUAACACAGUGGCAGUAAUGAACACUUUAAUAGCAAUAGAUGUAAAACAAAUGAUGGCAGAUAACAACUUUAUAUUUAUCAUGUGGCUUAUAUUUUUGAUCAAAUGAAAUUGUUAAGGGACUGAUGAGUUUUUAGCUACUUGUAGUUUUAAUGCAGUAUAAGGAUGAACAAAAUGUUUCCAAAUAGCAUAGUUUAGGUCUGUUAUUCUAAGUGAUGCUUUGAAUUUAUGUAUUAGUAUAAUAAGUAUGCUUUAUUUUCCAAUGGUUAAUCAAACUUUAGUGUUAGAGAUAUUUGUGUGUUUGUCUAUCCAACUGUAUAAUGUAUUGCUAUUUAGCAAUAAACCAACAAACAAAGAAACAAGAAAAAAAAAAAAGAAAAGAAAAAAGAACCCCUAAUACAGCCCUUAAACAAACAAUUCAUCAUUAAUAAUGGGUAAAGGGAGUUAAAUUGAAAAGUGAUACAAAAGGAGUAAGGUAUAUGACUGGAGAUUUUUUGUUCUAGUAAAAAGAUAAAGGUCAAUGUUACAGUUCCACAA